AUGCCUCCCAGAAAAAAACGCCGCCAAGGGUUCCAGAAAGCCCAGCUGCUAUUCCAACAACCACCACUGGAGGGCCCCAAACACCACUAUGGAUCUGCACAGCUUCCCAUCACUCACACUAGACAGGUGGCCAGCAAGCCCAUUGACCACAACACCAUCACUUCCUGGGUUUCACCUCAGUUUGAUACAACAGGAGAAAGCUGGUUCCCAAUGAACCAGAAACACCAUCGCCGAAACCAGGCAAGACUUUCAAGUCGAAAAUCCAUCACCUCCAAGUUUCCACAUCUAACAUUUGAGAGCCCCCCGUCUUCCAGUUCAGCCACACUUGGGAUCCCCUUAACCAGGGAGUGCGCCAAUCAGUCAGAAAAGUGCAUUUCUGGAAGGCCCUUAGUUCCAGUGCUCAGUCCUCAAAGCUGUGGGGAGCUGUCCACACAUACACUUCAAAACUUACCUUACGUGUUCAUUCCACCUGAUAUUCAGACCCCAGAGUCUUCGUUUGUGAAGGAGGGGCCCAUUCCCCCAGAUCAGAGGGAAGAUAGCCUUCCAAGUGGCUCCUUUCACACCAGUACUCCCAAGACCCCAGGGCCUGGGCCUGUUCUAGUUAAAGACACUCCUGAGGAGAAGUAUGGGAUCAAGGUCACAUGGAGGAGACGACGCCACUUGUUUACUUACCUCAGGGAGAGAGGGAAGCUGAAUAAAAACCAAUUCCUUGUGAAAAGUUCACUGGAUUUCUCAGACAGCAGCAAUCUCAAGAAAUUUUCAUAG